GGAAACACAGGUUCUCAAAUACAGAUUGGAAAAAAGAUGAACUGAAUUUAAAGUGAAAGAAUUGCUGCAGUUAAACUCAGGUUUAGCACAGGAAGAAAAUAUAAUCCAUGUAAUCCCGAUCCACAAUCCAAGUCAAUAGGUGGCGGUAAUGCACCUAAAAGCUGUUUGUCAGCCGCCUUUAAACAACAUCAGAAGAAACAGAAGCUCCUCUCCGUGGCAGUAGUUUUAGUUUUACAGGUGGAUCACACCGUGGACAGGACCUCCACUGCAGCUCCACACUGAGCGCGUCCACAGCGAGACUGCAGCUCACCCGGACACAAGAUGAGUGACGCCGCCGUGGACUCGAGCACGCUUUGCCUCUUCGAUGUUGACGGGACGUUGACUGCCGCGAGACAACGUGUCACUCCGGACAUGGCAGAGUUCCUCGACAAGCUGAGGACUCGGGUUCGAGUCGGAGUGGUCGGAGGGUCAGACCUGAUCAAGAUCAAGGAGCAGCUGGGAGAUGAUGUGAUCCACAAAGUGGACUACGUGUUUGCAGAAAAUGGUCUUGUGGCCUAUAAGAACGGACAGUUACUCUCUGUCCAGUCCAUCCAGGCUCAUAUGGGAGAAGAGCUGCUGCAGGACUUCAUCAACUUCUGUCUCAACUACAUGGCCACGAUCAAACUGCCGAAGAAGAGGGGGACGUUUAUUGAAUUCCGUAACGGCAUGUUGAACGUGUCUCCUGUUGGACGCAGCUGUACGCAGGAGGAGAGGUUGGAGUUCUACGAGCUGGAUCAGCGGGAGAAGAUCAGAGAGAAGUUUGUGUCCGUGUUACAGGAAGAGUUCAGAGGAAAAGGACUUUCAUUCUCUAUCGGAGGCCAGAUCAGCUUUGAUGUGUUUCCUGACGGCUGGGAUAAGAGGUAUUGUCUGGGGAUCGUUGAGAAGGACCACUUCUCCACCAUGCACUUCUUUGGAGACAAGACCAAACCUGGAGGAAAUGACUAUGAGAUCUACUGUGACCCUCGGACUGUCGGCCAUGAGGUCUCGUGUCCAGAGGAAACCCGACAGCUGUGUGAACAGCUUUUCUUCUCAUGACAGCAGAGACUCUUUGAUCAUCAUUCACCUGUCAGGAUCUGCAGCUGAGCCCACGUCAUCAUGUCUGUGAUGGUGAGGAGGAGGAGCCACACACGGCCGAUAUCUCUGGGUGUUUUUGGUUGGGUUUAGAAUCAAUAAAAUAAAAAGACAACUUUUUCCAAUAAGA